CUGAAUUCCCGGGAUUUUGGGAUUUUGCAGACGCCAAGGGGCUGUCGAACGCGGCCGAGGUGGAGCUGCUGCGGGAGAAGGUUUACGCCUCGCUGGAAUCCUACUGCAAACAGAAAUACCCCGAGCAGCAGGGCAGGUUCGCCAAGCUGCUGCUGCGGCUGCCGGCGCUGCGCUCCAUCGGCCUCAAGUGCCUGGAGCAUCUUUUCUUCUUCAAACUCAUCGGGGACACCCCCAUCGACACCUUCCUCAUGGAGAUGCUCGAGGCUCCCCACCAGCUCUCCUGAAUUCCCAAAUUCCCCCACCCUUUCCCGCUUUUUUUUUUAGGAAUUUUUUUUCCUUUUCCCCUUCCCCGAAAAAAUCCCGAUUUUUUGCGCUUUUUUUUUGGCGUUUUUGGCUCCGUUUUUCCUUCCCUUCGUUGCUCCCUAUGGGUGCUCAAGGGGGGGAAAUUUGGGAAAAUCUCCCCAAAAAUAACCUGGAAUGAAUUCCCAACUUUUCCCUGAUUUUUCCCAAUUU